UAUAUUAAUGCGAGCAUGAUUACGGAUCCAUUUGAUCCCAGUCGUCAUUACAUUGCUACUCAGGGACCACUUCGGCAAACCAUUGCUGAUUUUUGGCAAAUGGUGCUGGAUCAGAAUACUCGUAUAAUCGUCUGUCUCACACGUGAGAUGGACAGUAUUCAAGAGAAGUGUGCACGUUACUGGCCAUUACAAGAAGAAGUUUUACUUGCACAGAGUGGAAAAGAUCCAAAUGAAACUAUGCUUAAUGGAGAUGGUCGAGUGAUAAUUCAAGUACGCAAUAUUGAGCCUGAGGUUACUGUCAAGGUCAGAAAGGUCAGUCAUAUCCUAUACACAGCCUGGCCCGACCACGGAGUGCCCACAGAGACAGGAAAUAUUAUUUCUCUAGCCAAUUUUGCAGAAAGUUUCCAGACGCCAAACGCUGGGCCUAUGGUAGUUCACUGUAGCGCCGGAUGUGGGCGUACAGGAGCAUUCUGUGUUAUAAGCAGCGUUAUAAAUGCCACACGACAAGGCCUAUUCACAGAAAGCCUCAAAGAGGCUACAUUUGACCCUGUAUUCCAACUGGUCGAUAGCUUUCGUCGACAACGCACCACAAUGGUGCAAACUUUUGUUCAAUUUGUAUUCUGCUACAGGGCAGCAUUUGAU